AUGUCGUCGACGCUGACCGGCGAUAGCGCCGGUGAUGGUGGUUGCGGCAACAUUUGCAGUCUCUUACGACGACGACGUACUGUGUACGACGGCCUUGUGCGAAGUACCGGCGACGGCGGCGGUGGUGGUGGUGGUGGCUGCGUCAUUUUAAUCAGUCGGACAGAGCAGGGUUUUAUUUCAAUCGGUUCUGUCUCCUCGACCGAGCUCUGUCCCGAGGAGAGCGGUCUCCUGAGGCCGCGAUAUCGAGGCUGCCAAGGAGAAUCGUCGUCCAACGACGACGACGACUACGACGAUAACGACGGUGAUAUAACUUUGUCGGACGCUUCAGGAAUAUGGAGGAGUCCUUCAUCGUUGCUCGAUUCCUCUUCAGUACGUAUGACUAUGACUGUAGUCCACAGUGGCGGCGGCGGUAUGUCUUGGGUUGUCGCACCCUCGGAGCGGGACCUGGUUUCCGAAGCCUGGUCCGGUAAAUUAGUGUUAAAAGUGUUAAAAUCAUCAAUCGGUUUUGAUGAAUCUAUCUCUACGGAUGAGAUAGUAUGGGUAACGGCACAAGAAGGAGAUUGUCUUCCCGAAGAUGUUAAAGUGAAUAGUACUCGUGUAACUAAGUCAGGACUUAGAAUUGCCUGGAUCAAAUGUCCAAUAGAAUCAGCGGUUAAGAUCUCAAAGAAAGGCAAAAUUAAGGUAGGACAUCAGGCCAAGACCUGCGGAAACAAACCGUGUUGCAUAAUAUGUGCCGAGCUGAAAAUGGACAGUAAUCACAGAAUAGGCUCAUCCAUGUGUAAAGGUGUUACUGUUCGUAAAUCAGUUACUAAUACUAAUAUCAAGGAGACAACGAACAAUACAAAUUUAAAUCACUGCAGAGGUGCACAUGAUCUGCACAAUAUAAAGAGUCUAAAAAUAGGUAUAAGUAUUAUUGCGGAACCAUACCUAAUUCCUGAUGACUAUACAUGGGCCAGCAGCAUAGAUGGAAAGGCUGCAAUCCAUUGGAGUAGGGAACACCUACACAAUGCGGGCAUCAUAAAAAGAUCUGGUAGACACUCUGUAACUGUGCAAUGGCCAUCUUUUUGUGUAACGGCAUGUUAUAUCUCGCCUAAUUGCACUAAUGAGGACUAUGAUGAGCUGAUUGAUGAGCUUGGUGAGGUAACAAACGAUGACAACGUAAACCACAUUAUAGGUAGAGAUUUCAAUAGUAAAGCAUACCUGUGGGGCAGUAAUAGCACCGAUCAUAGAGGUGAAUUAUUAAUCAGAUGGGCAGCGAGUAAAGGCGUAAAUCUACUCAAUAAAAGGAAAGAAUCCACUUGCAUUCGACCUCAAGUCUCAUCAGUAGUGGACCUCACAUGGGUUAGUGACAGGCUACAUCCUAGAAUACAAAAUUGGCAUAUAAUGGACGAAUGUACGUUAUCAGAUCAUGUGUAUAUCAGCUUUAAUCUGAAUAAAUCUACUAGUACUAAUAAUAUCGUGAAGAAAAAGUACAUAAAGUGGGCAGUUAAAAAGCUAGUUGAAGAUAUGUACAAUGAGGUGAUGGAAUGGCUAUGUACAGGUGAGAUAAACCUAAACGCAGACAAUGCAGCAAAUUGGUUAAAUGACACUAUAACAGAUGCAUGCGAAGCUGCUAUGCCACACAUUAAACCCCAUCAUAAAAGUAGUAUGUAUUGGUGGAGUGAUGAUAUAGCGCUGGCAUGUCAUACCUGCAACAGAGAGCGUAGAAAAUGGCAGAAAGGAAAAAGAAAGAAAUCGAUAGAAGAGUUAAUAAUACUAGAGGACAGGUACAGAGAAGCAAAAAAAAAAGUUAACUUUGAUGAUAAAAAAAGCAAAGACAAAGGCAUGGGAGGACCUCAUCCGGGAUUUAAAUCGGGACCCUUGGGGCCUCCCAUACCGUCUAAUUGGAAGGAAGGAUCAGAAGAAACACAUGGUGUCUGGAGCGGAAAUGACUCUAUAAAUGAGAGCGAAAUCUUAGGCAUACUGAGAAAAGCCAAGACAAAUAAGGCACCAGGCAUAGACGGAAUCAAAGCGAUACUGCUAAGAAAGAUCCCCAAGAUAAUGCUCAAAAAGAUGACAGAAGUUUUCAACAUCUGUCUGGAAGCUGGAGUGUUUCCUGAUAUCAGGAAAAAGGCGUUAUUAGUCCUGAUCCCGAAAGGCACAUUGGAUAUGCGAGCUCCUAAAGUCCGCCCCAUCUGUCUUUUGAGCGAGUUAGGGAAGGUCUUUGAAAAAGUGAUAGUGGGACGAUUGAAUGCUUGGAUGGACUCACACCCUGAAUCGCAAUUGUCAUCUAGACAAUAUGGCUUUCGGAAACAGACAUCGACAUGUGAUGCACUCUCACAAGUACAACAUUUUAUUACAGAAGCCCUUAACAGCAGGGAAGUUGCAGUUGGCAUUAGCCUGGACAUACAUAAUGCCUUUAAUUCCAUACGUUGGAAAGAAAUUAGAAAGGCUAUAAUAGAAAAAGGAUUCCCACAUUAUAUUUGUAAAAUAAUUAAUAGCUAG